UUCAGGCAUCUGUUGAAACUUUAGCGAUAGUUUGUUUUGUUGUUUCCCUUAAUUUUCUGUUUGUUUAUGAUAAUAAAUAAAUAUUGAUUUUAAUCGAAUAAUGGUUAAAAAAUUACAUUGAUAAUCUAAAAUUCAAAAUGCCUUAUUACUGCACUGUUCCUCGUUGCACAUCUAUGGCCGGAAAAGUGAAAGAUGUAUCUUUUCAUCAAUUUCCAAAGGACAAAGAACUCGCAAAACUUUGGAAUGAAAUUUUGAAAAGAGGAAAACCUUAUACAAAAUAUUCUAAAGUAUGUAGUCUACAUUUCAAACCAGAUGAUUACACAAUAACAGGCCUCGGCAAAAACAAAGGUCAAUGGAGAACUUUACGAAAAGAUGCAGUCCCAUCACAGAAUCUGCCAUCUGAUUCACCUGUACAUAGCAUUAAGAAUAGAAAUAGAGGAUUGAAUCUCCCAACUGGUAUUAUGGAUACUCAGCUGCAGCAAGUAGCUCAAGCCAUUUAUAUGCAGACAAUGCUGGCUGUAAAUGCUACUAAAGUUGGGGAAAUGAGCAUGACUUCGAUGUGCAAUGAACAAGGAUCACCCAAUAGAGAGAGUUCAUCAUCUAUGUCAAGUAAUAGUUCAGGUCAAUUUAAUGAAACUAUGUCACAGAUUGAACAUUUAUUGUAUAAGAAUAAGAUAAACAAUGAACUUCCAGAAGAUUUGGUUACUAAAAACUAUAUUAAUGAGAGUUCAAACACGUCAUAUGGAUCUAAUAAAUCGGAAAUACAAGAUUUCAGUAUAAAACAGACAUAUAAAUGUAUAGAGUGUUCAAAAUGUUUCAAAGACCCUGAUGUGUUCUUUUUACAUAAACGCACACAUGUACCAAAGAAUCAAAAUAAUACAAAUAUUUUAAGAAAAACUUUAACAGAGAAUGUAAAUAGUGAAAAAGAAAAUCAUGAUAAUAAUAUAAGGAAUAAUUUCUCUGGCGAAAAUUCUACUGAAGAUACUCUAAAAGCAAAUCCUAUAUUAGCAAAUUUAUUAAAUUCGAUGCCACAGACGUUACAAAGAGAUGAAAUACAACAAGAAUUAGAUAGCAAAAGUGUUACCAGUAUAGAGAAACAAAUGAUGGCAGCAAUGACGUUGAACAUGAAGAACUAUUUUAGGAAUCUAUCCUCAAUGAUGACACAAGUCGCGAUAUUAUCAAAUAAGAAUAUUAAUGAAGAAAUUGAUAAUUUAGUUUAUGGAAUGGACAAUGAUUCUAGGGAAUGUAAUGGUAAUUUAAAUUUAAUGAAAGAGACAAAUGAACAACAGGGUAUGCAGCUAGAUGAUGACAAUGAUAGACUGAAUAGUGAAUUAGACUGAUUAAAACUUUAGUGUUAAUAAAGACUGAAUUAUCUUGGUAAUAGUAAGAUUUUGUGAUCAUGUUAAAAUGGUAAUCAUC